AGAUGUUGCAUUGUUUCAAAUUUUGGGGGAAAAAAAAAGUCUUUAACUUUCUCAAAUUCUCAGAUCAGUCCUUAAAACUAAAAAUUAUUGCUGAAGAGUCCUUAAAAUUUUUUCUUGUCACUGCAUAGUACCUAAAGUCUCCGUAGAAAGUCUAGCUCCACUAGAUGAAGGAAUGGAUUAAAAAAUUUUGCUUCUUUUACUUUCUUAGUACAUAUAUGAAUGUAAUGUAUUGCUGUCAGAUGAAGAAUGCUGUUCUUGAAUCUUGGCAUUGUGAUGUUGAAGAAAACUUGGAGAAAGAGAAAAAGGGAAUUGAUUUGGGGUUUGAGUUGGUGUAUGUUGAAGAAUUUUACUGAUCUGUUUCUUUUGGGCAGUCCACUGGUUGCUUUGCUCUCAAAGACUACGCGUGUUGAAAACAGAAGCCGAUGGGCACCGCUUGUGUUUCAUGUCAAGAGGGGGGGAAUUAAUGGAGAAACGAUCAUGGAGGAAGAGAUCUUGCCUGGGGCACACAUAGACCUUAUCCACAGCACCAUUUUUGGCAAUGACAAUGAAAACAAUCCUAUUUUUGUGUAUGCUCAUAUCGAUGGAAUGGACGCACAAUUGUGGACUCCAAUAGACCCAAGUAUGAUCAAGUAUAAUGCUAAGGUUUUCUUGGGAUUUGUGGAAUUUCACAAGCCAAUUGAAACUGCAUUUUUUGGUGGACCUACGUUAGGAAGGCUGAGGGUUGUUGUUGAGGUGAAAAAUGCUAUGAAGAAGAUGAUGGAUAAAAUCAUGGGCAGAAACUGAUAAGCUAUGUAUACUUCUUUGCAACACACCCAUGGAAAUUACGUUUGGUAAUAUGUUCUGUACUUUGAUAUUUCCUUCACAAGAUCUUUUGGUCCUUUUUUGGUUGAGUUUGAUAUUAAUUUAAUAAUGGAUAUCAAUAUCA